AUGAAGCACCUCUCCAUCGCCGCCACGGCCGCGAUCCUCGCGCAGAAUGUUGCCGGCCAGGCCAUGCUUCGGUUUGCCUGCUCGCAGCUCGUUGUCGAUCGUGUCGACCCCAUCGUCAACCCCGGCAUGCUCUACACCCCCAUCUUCACCAGAUUGUGGUCCACUUGCACGUCUUGCUCCUUCGUUGAGGAUCUCUCCAACUACUGGACUGCUGUCAUGUUCUUCAAGAACAAGGAGGGCCAGUACCAGCGCGUUCCCCAGGUCGGCAACGGUGGUCCCCAGGGCAAGCUCAUCAACAACGGUGGUCUCGAUGUCUACUACAUCCCCAGUGGCAAGACCACUGCCUUUGCCAAGGGCUUCCGCAUGAUUGCCGGUGAUGCCGGUAACACCCAGGACAGCGCCGUCGACAAGAGCAACAUCUGCCACAGGUGCUGGACCUCCACCAACGAGGACCAGUUCAUCGGUGGUGCUCCUUGCUCCGGCUCCGACACCGUUGCCAUCCCCAAGAGCCCCACUUGCAAGAUGAUCCGUCAGACCAUCAUCUUCCCUGCCUGCUGGGACGGCAAGAACCUCGACUCCGUCGACCACAAGACCCACGUCGCCUACGGAACCGGUGGCUUCGGUGGUGCUUCCGGUGGCGGCAACUGCCCCACUUCCCACCCCGUCAAGCUUCCCCAGGUCAUGUUCGAGCUCAUGUGGAACGUCACCGAGUUCUCCGACCAGGGUCUCUGGCCCUCGGACGGCUCUGACCCCUUCAUCUACUCCAUGGAUCUCGGUGGCUCCGCUGCUCACGGUGACUACGUCUUCGGCUGGAAGGACGACACCCUCCAGAGGGCCAUGGACCAGGGCUGCAACCUCAACCACGACUGCGCCGGCGCCGGCCUUCACUACCAGGCUCCCGAGCUGUACAACGCCUGCACUAUUCCCCAGCAGGCUCCCGAGGAGGUCGAUGGCUGGCUCCAGGGUCUUCCCAUGGGCGGUUCCAUCGUCAAGGUCUAA